AUAUAAAUUAAGUGAAAUGGCUGAUGCAAGGCCAUAGGAGUAAAUACCCCCCAGCACGUUACAGUAAACGGCAGGUGGAGGGGCGCUUUGGGAAUGAAAGGGAGGAGAGUAUCCGUGCCCGUUGUUCGCAAUGCCGGCGCAACGCAUGGGUAAAGUUGCUUAUUCGUGGACACACUGGCUGAUGAUUGUGGACAGAACCACCGGGGUGGCGUGUUCUUGUGUGAUUCGUGAUGUGGGUUGGUCGUCCGAGCGGUGCGACAGUGAAAUGUCUCAUCCGCAUCUAUGAGACCAACACCGCGAUGUGCAAGCGAGGCGCAGCAAAAAGGGAGGGAGGGACAGCAGAGACAGACAAUGCGGCUUUGCGAUGCGUUUAUUUCCACACACACGAAGAUAUGCGGUCCCGAAGACGUGGGUGAUUUUGGUGAAUUUUCUUUUUUUUAAAUUGAAUUGAACACAAUUUCUUUUUGAUUUUGAUUGAGAACCAAAAUCACGAUGAAAUUUCCAAUUGAAAACCCGAGGAAACAAGUUAACUGGGAACCCGAACAAGUGGCGGUCCAGACCAACCUGGUCCCUCCCAAAAAGAUCCAGGCUGGCAUGGCGAAGUCGAGCCUAGUCCAUGCCAGCGUGGCCACCAUGCAGAACCCAAUGGGCUGUGAACCGAAGGCCAACGGCCACUGUCCGCUGCCACGCCUGUCCAUCUCUUCGCGCUCUGCCAGCGUGGUGGCCAGCAUGGACGCCAGCUGUGACGGCGUGGCCGCUGCGCUCCACUCGGUGAUGAAGUGGAAGACGGUGCUGGCAGUGUUCAUCGUGGUGGUUCUCUACCUGGUCUGUGGAGGUCUGGCCUUCAGGGCUCUGGAGCAGCCGUUUGAGAGCAACCAGAAGAACACUAUCACUCUGGAGAAGGCUUUGUUCUUGAAGAACCACCUCUGUGUCUCUCCCGAAGAGCUGGAGGCCCUUAUUAAGCAUGCCAUAGAUGCUGUGAGUGCUGGAGUGAGUCCUAUUGGAGAUACAUCAUUCAAUUCCAGCCACUGGGACCUGGGCAGUGCCUUCUUCUUUGCUGGAACUGUAAUCACAACCAUAGGAUAUGGAAAUAUAGCUCCAAGCACGGAGGGUGGAAAAAUCUUUUGCAUCCUUUAUGCCAUAUUUGGCAUCCCUCUCUUUGGCUUCUUGUUGGCCGGGAUUGGAGACCAGCUGGGCACCAUCUUUGUGAAAAGCAUCUUGAGGGUUGAGAAGAUAUUCAGGCAAAAACACAAACAGAUCAGCCAGACUAAGAUCAGAGUGACGUCCACCAUCCUGUUCAUCCUGGCUGGCUGCAUUGUUUUUGUCACCAUCCCUGCUGUCAUCUUUAGACACAUUGAGGGCUGGAGCGCACUGGAGUCCAUCUACUUUGUUGUGAUAACACUCACCACAGUGGGGAUAGGAGACUACGUGGCAGGUGGGAACCGUAGGAUCGUCUACAGGAAGUGGUACAAGCCUUUGGUGUGGUUCUGGAUCAUGGUGGGAUUGGCGUACUUUGCAGCCGUCCUCAGCAUGAUUGGAGACUGGCUUCAAAUACUGUCUAAAAAGACCAAAGAAGAGGUCGGGGAGAUCAAAGCUCAUGCAGCAGAAUGGAAGGCAAAUGUUCGAGCGGAGUUCCGUGAAACGCGGCGGCGCCUCAGCGUUGAGAUCCACGACAAGCUGCAGCGGGCCGCCACCAUCCGCAGCAUGGAGCGCCGGCAGCUCGGCCUGGAGCAGCGCGCUCUCUCCCUGGACAUGCUGUCCCCGGAGAAGCGGGCCUUGUUCGCCAGCCUGGACGCCGGCCGCUUUAAGACCUCCUCCCAGGAGAGCAUCGACACCAAGCUCAACAACCUGAGGCUGAAGGGGGCGUGUGAGCCCUACGACCAUCCCGCGAGUGAGCAGACGCCACAGACCGCGUCCUCCUCCGAGGAGAACCUCUUCAACCUGCGCUGCGGGUCCCUCACCAAGCUGGCCAGACGCAACAAGAACCGCGAGCUGCGGCGGAACAUUAACGAAGACGUGCGGCGGGCCAGCGUCGGCGUCAGCAACGGCAGCGCCAUGCUGGGAGAGGAGAGGACGGAGGAAGAAGACGAAGACGGGGAGCCAGACGAGGAAAACAGAGACAGAAAAGUGGAAAACAUCAGUCUGACAAACCUGUCGCAGAGCGCCAUGGAGCGCGGGAAGUUGAACGAGUUUGCACCGGUGCCGGCCAAAGAUAGCGAGCGACUGGGCAUCGAGUGGAAGUGUUCUUCAGAGACACAGGGAGAAACCGAGUGAAAGGUAGAGCCGAGAAGACAGGACAAGCGUGCAUGGACCUUUGAGAUGUCAGUAAGUGUGCCUUUGUGUUUUUCCUCGCUUUGAUCGGCACCGCUCCGAGUAAAUUCAGUCAUAAUGCCAUAGCCAUGGGAAGAAAAUGUGCUGCCAAAAAAAUGGAAAAGACAGAAGAGGCUGUCGUUAAAUGACCUCGUGCAGGAUGUUACUGUAGGAUGGGCAACUCAAAGAACUUUCCUCGCUACACGAACUAUCAGCUUCGAUGUCUAUCAGCCUUGAGUCUCGACACCCGAGAGACACUUGGGCAACGGCUUUUUUGUUAACGUUGAAUCUUAUUUUCUAACCACGUGGGCGGGAUGUUCAGAGUUCUUGCUUCAGCUCCUCCUCCUUCAGAAAGGUUGUGGAUCUGCGCUUUGUCAUCUUACAAUGUGCUGGUUAUUUGUAGCUCAGCUACCAAAGGACUGGGAGGGUGGGAGGUUUUGUUUCUGCUGCAUCAGUUUGUCAAACAAUAGACACUGACAUGAACAAUUAUUCCUGGUAUGUAACUUUGGAAGUGCAGCCUAACGGUAUAAAUACUCAUGAAAAAACAAACAUCUCCUAGAUUGUGCAUGGUUAUGAAAUAAAACCAUAAAAGAAGAUUCACAUACUUGAAAGCUCGAAAUGACAGCUGUAAUAAUGUUCCUUACUGUUCGAUGAAUUAAAUGUACUGCUUGCUUUCACAGGCAUUUAUUAUCACCAUUGGCCAACAAAUUGUCAGCCAUGUUGAAAACACCUUUUUUGUAAAUGGCAUUCACUUUUAUCACAAAUGUCUUCAGACUUUUUAUUGGAUGAAUAUGAUGCUUUUCAUUUUGUACUCAUCAAGCAUGUCGGCGUCCGUGUUUACUCCUUUUUAUAUCAGCCAAGCACUUAAGUUGAAAUUUGAAAAAGUACAAACAACAUGUCGUGUUUCUUUUAUCAAAUGAUUUUUCUAAAACGCUGUCAAACAUUUUUCUGUGUUUUUCUGUAUGUUGACUCAUUGAAAAGUUUGACACAUUUCCACUUUUUGCUUUUCAAAAACAGGCUCUGAAACUACUACCCGACGUCUUCUUUAAAUCUAUACAAAAUGAUCAAAAACUAAAGACAAAGUAUACACACACUGGUUGUACUUGUACCCUGUUUUAUCCUUUUUAUCAGGCAAGACGUUGCUGUGUAAAGUUUUUUGUCAUGAACAUAUCACAUUAAAUGUAGUGAGUGCCUUUUUACAGAUAAUAAACAUGACCUAAGGAAUUCAAAAGGGCCGUAAUCCCUAUACUAAUGAUAGCAUGAACAUAUUGAUUCCAUAUGAGUAUGAGUAUUGCCUUUCAAAGGGCAUUGCUACAAAAUUAUAUUACACCAUAUGGCUGCUUUACAGCUGGCAGCACACUACUGAUACUGGUAUUGAACCGUUGUAUCUAUCUUUUGAGAAGAGAAAGAUUAAAUGUCUCACGAUCAAUAAGAAAUAAAAAAACAAACAAGCGGCAGCUAAAUGAAAAACCAAGUGUAGCCCUGAACAAUUUACACAGGUGCAGUCAGCGAUUAAUAAAACAAAUAAUACAGAACAUAUUCAAAGGUAUUCAUGAAUAGAUUAAAGUAAAAAAAAAACGUGUAUCCAGUUACUGAUUCAGCCCCCACCCUGAAGAUCCCAAAAUGCAGCCUGACUACGUUUUAUCUGAUCACUAUCCAGAACCAGAACUAUUAACUGAAGCUGGAUUUAUUGUAGAAUUAACCUAAUUAUUUACACACACAAAACUGCUUGACUGCACCUGUUCAAAUGAUCUAGUGUUACUCUGAUUGCCUUUGACUGCAGCUGACAACGCUCUGUGUGAGCUGUCACUUGUUUGAACAACCCUGUGAGUUGAAACACAAAUCCUAUUUACGGGAUCUGUCAUUUUGGAUAAGAAAUGUGCUUUGGUAUUUUGUUGAUUAUCACUUAUUGAGCACAAAGUUCCAAUUCUCUUUCCCAGGCCUAUAUGUUUGUUCCAAAGAGCACCUUUUUUUUGUUCCAGCAAAAGUGAGGUAGUGACCGCUCAGACAAAACUGGGAUUCCUCAUCUAUAUUCUAAAAAUGUUAUUAUUAAAAAUAAAGGAAAUGAGGACAAUAGAUAUCACCGGAAGACAAAGAAAACAAUACUUCAGCAAAGCAUCACUUCUAUGCAUACUUUAUUGUAUUUCUUAUCCUUAUUUUAACUCAACAAUUUCAGCUCCACCAUAAAAAGACACUGAUAUGACGAUGCUGCAGCCUUUGUGUAACCAAAUGGCAAAAUCCAUUAUGUAACGUAAUGUAACUGACUCAUUGCCUGCCGCUGGAUGCUGGAGCUCAAGGUCUCCAUCCAUGUAGCUCACUGCCACAGUCACUUAUGUCGAAGGGUGUUUGUCACCUGGCAAAAAAAACUCUUAGUUGACAGGCCCCUUAAAAUAAAGUAAUCAAGGAGACAGGUGGUGUGUACGAGGUUGUGUGUGCGUGUUUGUGUUGAUCUUCCUUUGAAGGUGGAAGUGACCUCGGCCAGCUCCUCUCUCUCUCUCUUUUGUCCGUCCCUGAGUUAUUUGUCCCCCUAUUGCUGCCCCACACAUGAUG